GACACCUGGUACAAGAUUUGCCAACGAGUUCGCACCAUCGUCGAGAAGUUGGGGACCAGACUCGCGAUCGGAACAGCUACUGGGCCGCAGCAUCAUCCAAAAUCCACGAAGAAUACUCGGAAUACAACAAGGCGGAGGUCAGAUUGCAGGUCCGAGCUCGGAUCCUCGUCCUCGUAGACCAGUUCGCCGCGGACAUUCGAGGCUCCUCCGACACCGAUCGUGCCAGGAUCAUGGAGACGUUCCGGCAGUGGGACGAGGACACCAUCAAGUCCGCCUUGGACCCUGAUUGGGUCUGCCACGACUUCUUCGAACGAGUUGGGGCGGACCACCAUAUCGCCGAAUGGGCAGACCUCAUCCCGGCCCAGAAGGCCCUGGUGGCGGCAACGACAGACACCAAGGACCUCGCUGCAGCCACCGGAGCGCAGCAGUUGCCCGUACGACAGCCAGUCCCAGGAUCCGGCAACAUCAACUACUUCCUCUCCCUCACCGAAUGGGAAAAGAAAGACGAGGACCGGUUGUCGCAGAUUCUCAAAUUGGCUAUCCUGAAUAUCCAACAGGAGAUCGCCGACCAGGACGACUUCAAUCAUUUCCUCACCGAGGCCCUCAAGGAUGUCGCCAACAAAAAUCAACCUCUGCCGUAUUUCGCAAGGGACACGUGGCCGAGGAACAGCAUCUUGGAGAUCAACUCUCGCAAUAUCUCCGGCGCGAACCCGCCAAACCGCCUGGACCUCUUGCCAACGGAGCGGAACCCUGACAAAUUCUUCCGCGAGGAAUUCAACCAGCUCGACACAUCGCGCAAUUCUGGCCUCGUCGAGUAUCUCAAUGAUCCGCCUUUCUACGACAUGACCACAUACUCCUAUGAGGCCGGAGUCACCCAGAUCAUGACGCAGCAGGACUUCUGCAGAUUCUUGGAUCUCACGUUUCUUCGCCUUCGCCUCGUAGAGGACUAUGCCGAGGGCAGACUCCGCGGCGCCACCAAGAGGAGCGCCUCGGCAAUGGAGACCUGA